UUUCUAUUUACCUUUGGAACUAUUUACAAAAACAUUUUAGAGGAUUAUUGAAAUAAAUGCUUUAAAUGUAUUAUUGAUAUAAUAUUUUUGACGUGUAGCCUUAUUUUAGAGGUAUUUUUAGGCGAACAAGAUUUUUCUUUUUAGUACAAAGCGUGCUAGUCAUCAGUUGACUUGGUCACAACCAUAGACAAAGAUAAAGUUAUCAAAAAGAAAAACUUUCUAUAUACUUUUUUAAAUUCCCCAACUGUCUUCUAGGCAAGCUGGUUGAGCUCGUGUAGCACCCAAAUGCGUCCUGGGAACGACAGUGACUUAGUGGAUGCGGAGGACGUGCCAAGAGAUGAGCUCCUGGCCCGGGUGGAGAUCGCGCUGCUUAGCGUGAUUUUCGUUAGCGCCUCCAUCCUCAACGCCGGCCUGCUGCUCCUCCUGUGGAGACAGCGCAAACAGAUGACCAGGAUGCGCGUCUUCGUCUUCCACCUGUGCCUGUCAGAUCUGGUGGUCGCUUUCUUUCAAGUGUGCCCGCAGCUCAUGUGGGACAUCACGGACAGAUUCGUUGGUCCGGACCUCGUGUGCCGCCUGGUGAAGUACCUGCAGGUCCUCGGAAUGUUUUCAUCGACUUACAUGAUUGUGGUGAUGACAGUUGACAGGUAUCAAGCUGUUUGCAACCCCAUGGUGACAUUUCAGAGGACGCGCACGAGACUGAACAUCCCCGUGACCAUCGCGUGGGGGAUUUCUCUGCUGGGCAGCCUGCCUCAGAUUUUUGUCUUUUCACGCGUCGAGGUUACACCUGGUGUGUUUGACUGCUGGGCUGAAUUCAUUCAGCCAUGGGGGUUGCAGACUUAUAUAACCUGGACCACGCUGGUCAUUUUUAUUUUACCAGUUUUAACAGUUAUGAUUUGUCAAGUGCGGAUCUGUCGUGCUAUCCACAUCAACCUGUACCAAAAGAUUCAACAGCAGGGCAGCGUGAGUCUCCCACUGCCCCCCAGAGCCAGCGGGGUGGCCGGCAUGUCCAAAGCUAGGGUGAAGACGCUGAAGAUGACAGUGGUUAUCGUGCUGGCUUACAUUGUCUGCUGGGCUCCUUUCUUUACUGUCCAGCUCUGGUCCGCCUGGGACACACAUGCGCCCAAAGAAACUGCGACUUUCACCAUACUGAUGCUGCUGGCCAGUUUGAACAGCUGUGCAAACCCUUGCAUUUACCUGCUAUUCAGUGGGCAGCUACCCCAGAGGCUACUCACACUCCUGUGCCAGCGGCAAGCCAGGGAUUCAAUUCACGAGGAAGCAACGCUGGUCAGCACGCUGUACAUGAGCUUCAGAAACGUCUCAGAGCCUAAGUAAAGGCAGAACAUUUUAAUGUGGAAAAGAAAGUUGACUGUAGAGACAAACUGACAAGUUUGUGCAUCAGGUAAAGUUACUGCUGAGCUUUCUCUGCUUUUAAACGACAGUUCUUCUGCACAUAUAGAAGAUAUUAUGCGAACGGUAUUUCUGUGUCUUUUACAUAUGACAACGAGUCAUGUGGAAACUUUCACCAAAAGAAAACACGUGGUCGUGAAUGAGAACUGCUUUCCAAGUGUUUAAAGAUGACAGAUGAUCACUUGAUGUUGUUGUUGGAUUGUGAUACCUGCGCUCUUUGUGAAAGAAAAUUAACAGAACAUGUGUUUGUUUAAUUCAUUCACAGGGUUUUCAGUUGAGGUAAGAGACUGUACUGAAUAAGAUGUUCUGUGUCUGUAACUUAUUUUCUAAAAAGAAAGCUGUAACUCAUGUAAACUAAAACUGUGACAUAGAAGAAAAUACACACAAAACCUGUCUGCAGAGGUGGAUGACAUAAAAAGGGCAGCAGUCAGCAGAAAGCUGUUCAAACAUGAAUGCAUUGUGAAAUACACUUUGAAUUCUAUGAAUGUCGUCUGUUAAGUCAUAUACUGAGUGACUGAAUUUUGAUGUUCAGGCUAAUAUGUAAAAAACAAGUGUGGAAUAAAGUCAUAUGAGCACUGA